AUGGGCGACCCAAUCGUCAAUCUCGGCCUCUCGUGCCCCAAGGGCGGCCGCUUCUACAUCUGCGAAGACCAGCCAGCUCGCUUCAUGGGCUGCUGCACCAGCGACCCGUGCACCACCGCCGACGGCCUCUGCCCGGACGACGAGCUCCGGCCGGGGUCCUUCAGCUCCGACGCCUACAGCAAGAUCCUGGCGCAGGACUGCCUGGACCCGGGCUUCCUCUGGUACACGUGCCGCGACUCGUCGCCGCCGUUCCUGGGCUGCUGCUCGCAGAAUGCGUGCGAGUCUACGGGAUGCCCGGUGAGCAAGGUCGGAGCGGCCACUCUGGCGGGGAACAAACAACGGGCAGCCCCCUUUCUGUCUGGCGGCGCAUCUGCUUCCUCCGGGGGAUCAUCUUCAUCGGCGGCGAAGACGACGAGCAGUGCCUCGGCUCCCUCGACGACGUUGAGCACGGUCCUGAGCACCGCCGCUGCGAGCACGACCGGGGACGCCCCCCCAAAGGACAGCACUCAGCCUGAUGCCGUGUCACCUCCAGCGCAUCCGGGGCUCAGCAAGGGCGCCAUCGCAGGCAUCGCAGUGGGAGCCAUAGUGGCGGUAUGCGCGUUCGCCUUUCUGUUCUUCUGGUUGUUUAAGCAGCACAAGAAGCGGAGCUCAACCAACAUGGCUCCUGCGGAUGGCGGCAGUGGCCGGAAGGACGAAUACGGGGGCGAGGAUUCGCUGGCCGAGCAGCAUCGCGACGGCACGCUGCUGGGCGUGGGAGCCACGAGAGGGGGAGCAGGGCAGAUUCCGCAGGCAGAGCCUUCGCCGGGGCUCGAUUCGGUCAUUUCGGAGCUCCCUGCCUCGCCGUCGCAGCAUAGCAUCACGUCGGGAGCCACGCCGGGCAGGCCGAUUGUGUCCAUGGUGAGCGCCAGCGGCGCGACGGGCAGGGAGAGCGACGCUUCCGGCUAUACCGCGAAGGAGCACUCGCCAUUGAUACACCAGACGCUAUUUGAGCUCGAGGACUCGUCGAUCCGGGAGAGGUAG